AUGGGUCCUGUUUGGUUCGUAGUUAUGGUUAUCGUAGGAGUAAUGACGUCUUCUGUGAGCGGCUACGGUGGUGGUUGGAUCAACGCUCACGCCACUUUCUAUGGCGGUGGUGAUGCUUCCGGCACAAUGGGUGGUGCUUGUGGAUAUGGCAAUCUAUAUAGCCAAGGCUACGGGACGAACACGGCGGCUUUGAGCACGGCUCUGUUCAACAACGGACUUAGCUGCGGUUCUUGCUUUGAGAUAAGAUGUGAAAACGAUGGUAAAUGGUGUCUCGCUGGCUCAAUCGUUGUAACCGCUACAAACUUUUGCCCGCCAAACAACGCCUUACCUAACAACAAUGGCGGUUGGUGUAAUCCUCCUCUUGAACACUUUGAUCUCGCUCAGCCUGUUUUUCAACGUAUUGCUCAAUACAGAGCUGGAAUCGUCCCUGUUUCUUACAGAAGGGUUCCGUGCAGGAGAAAAGGGGGAAUAAGAUUCACAAUAAACGGCCAUUCAUACUUCAACCUUGUUCUGAUCACAAACGUCGGUGGCGCCGGAGACGUUCACUCGGCGGCGAUCAAGGGUUCAAGAACAGGUUGGCAAGAUAUGUCAAGAAACUGGGGACAAAAUUGGCAAAGCAACUCUUACCUUAACGGUCAAGCACUUUCCUUCAAAGUCACCACCAGCGACGGCCGCACCGUCGUCUCCUACAAUGCGGCUCCUUCCGGCUGGUCUUUCGGACAGACCUUUGCCGGUGGACAGUUCCGCUAA